UGAAUGAAAAGAGGCUUUUGGAUCCAGGGUUGAAGGCUCAAAAUGGAUUGUGGGAUUGUCCUCUGAAGAGCCAGCAGGUGAAAUGCCUGAGUGACUGAAGAAAAUGGGUGCUAAUGCAUCUAACUAUCCCCAUUCAUGUUCCCCAAGGGUAGGGGGAAAUUCACAGGCCCAACAAACAUUUAUAGGAACAUCAUCCUAUUCUCAUCAAGGCUAUGGAUGCGAAUCAAAAUUAUAUAGUCUUGACCAUGGCCAUGAAAAGCCACAAGACAAGAAAAAGAAAACCUCUGGCCUUGCCACCCUCAAGAAGAAAUUUAUCAAAAGUCGGAAAUCCAACCGCUCUGCUGACCAUGCUAAGCAGAUGCGAGAACUCCUCUCGGGGUGGGAUGUAAGAGAUGUCAAUGCAUUAGUAGAGGAAUAUGAGGGAACAUCAGCCUUAAAGGAGCUUUCUCUGCAAGCCAGCUGGGCCCAACCAGAAGCUCGAACACUGCAAAAAGAUAUGGCUGAUCUUUAUGAGUACAAGUAUUGUAUGGAUGUAGACUUAAUAUUUCAAGAAACUUGCUUUCCUGUGCACAGGGCCAUUUUAGCAGCAAGGUGUCCAUUCUUUAAGACCCUGCUUUCUUCUUCCCCAGAGUAUGGAGCAGAGAUCAUAAUGGACAUCAAUACAGUAGGUAUAGAUAUGCCCAUGUUCUCUGCCUUGUUACACUAUCUUUACACAGGAGACUUUGUAGUGGAGGAUUCAAGAUUUCAGAAUGUUGAUAUACUAGUGCAGCUCACUGAAGAAUUUGGAACGCUGAAUUCCCUUGAUGUAGAUAUGCGUGGACUAUUUGAUUAUAUGUGUUACUAUGAUGUUGUCCUCAGUUUUUCGUCAGACUCUGAACUAGUUGAAGCUUUUGUUGGAAAUCAGAACUGUUUAGAUGAAGAACUUAGAGCUCACAAGGCUGUUAUUUCAGCACAGUCCUCAUUUCUUCGAAAUUUACUACAAAGGAGGAUACGGACUGGUGAAGAAAUUACAGACCGAACAUUGCGGACUCCCACUAGAAUUAUACUAGAUGAGUCCAUCGUACCAAAAAAAUAUGCUAAAGUUAUUAUAAACUGUAUGUAUACUGAUGUAGUCAACCUCUUAGUUUUACACUGCAGCCCUUCUGUGGGGAGUCUGAGUGAAGUCCAAGUUCUGGUAGCAGGAAAGCCAAAUUUGACUAGGGCUGAAGAAGCAAUGGAGCUUUAUCACAUAGCACUGUUCUUGGAAUUUAACAUGCUUGCACAAGGUAUGAAAUAUAUUUAA